AUGUUAAGGACGAGGAAGGCGGGUAGUGUUACAAUGGUUAAUUAUUUAUCGUCCUCAUUCGUUUAUACGAAGAUAGCCAAUUUGAUACUUUGGUUGUAUGCUGAUGUCAGAUAUGGUCUGCCUUAUGGAGCAAUAUUAGUAUUAUGUUCACUUCUUCUGCCGGAACCAACAUACACGGGACCUGAAUUGAUAACAUAUUUCCGAGGACCUCAGGUCUUAGAGGAUGAGCUGAAACACCAUAAAAACACUACUUGGAUGGUAUGCUUGUAUGCUGCAUGGCAUCCAGCUUGUGUCAACUUUGCUCCAGUUUUUGCUGAACUCUCAGCUAGUUAUAGUCUCGAUAAUCUGAAGUUUGGCAAACUUGAUGUUGGCAGAUAUCCUGAAGCAGCAGCAAAAUACAGGAUUCAAGAUGGACCUACAAGUCGUCAGCUGCCUACCGUGAUACUGCUCAGUGAGGGCCAAGAAAAGAUGCGGAGACCACAUCCUGACUCUACUGGCAAAUUGCAAAAGUUCCUAUUUUCCAAAGACAAUAUGAAGGCAGCAUUCGAUCUUGAUGGCAUAUAUCAAGAGUGUAAAACGAAGCUCGCGGCUGCAAAGACUAACAAAAAGACCGAG